AGCGUUUCAAGGAAUGUACCAUAACAAAAAUGUCAGAUGCAGCAGUCACAAAACUGCGUAUUUCUAUUUUGAGUGUAUGAUUAUAAAUAUUUGUAAAUUUGUGAUGUAAAUAAUAUCAGUUAUGGUGUUAGUUGCAUAUAUAUAACAAAUGUUUCUUAGUAAGCACAUGGUGUAGUGAACCUUAAAAUGGACUAUUUAUAUUAUAAGAGGAAACGAACGACUAAUAAAAUCACCGAAUUAAUUAAUAAGUCAUAUUAAUUAAACAUUUCGAAUACGACGUGUCUUCACAUCGUCCCGUUUUAUUAGAGAUGAUAGUUCGCUGGCCGAACCCCCCAUCGUGAAAAUAGGACGGAACCAUGGGACAACAAACUUCAAGGAAGAGCGGUGAGUGCUCUUGCGGCUGCGGCUUCGAGCGGCGGCGCUACGUGGAGUCUCCCAGCAGCGUGCAGAGAUACGUCAGCGCGGUUACAGACAGAUGGUCGACGCGCGAGUGCUCGUGCCGGCGGCGCGGGCGGCGGCCGGCGUGCGUGUGCACGGCCUACCGCCGCGUCAGUGUCACCGACGCCAUCGCUGACGACCGGUUGGCAGCAGUUAUAACGCUUGGCGCCAGAGAUCUACGCAGAGAGCUGGAUACAAUCGUCUUAAACCGAGAAGGCGACAACCCGACAGACAACUCUACUGCUGAGGUUUACGUUCUCUCAGUGGCUCCCAGAUCCGAUUCCGAGUCAUCGCAAGAAGGCAGGAGGAGCGAGCUCACACAAGCUAGUGAUGGCUCCAUUCGGUUACAUCCGCACUUCCAGGUGGUGAUGGGCGGCGAGCUGCGCGCGCUGCUGCUGCGCGCGCCGCUGGCGGCCGGGGCCGGGGCCGGGGCCGGGGCCGGAACCCCGGGCGCGCAGCAGCCGCUGCCCACCAAGGUCCACACGCAGGUGGACUACAUACAUUGUCUAGUACCAGACCUUCAACAAAUCACAGCCUGCUCCUUCUACUGGGGCAAGAUGGACCGCUACGAAGCAGAACGACUACUAGACAAUAAGCCUGAAGGCACAUUCCUCCUCCGCGACUCGGCGCAGGAAGACCACCUGUUCUCGGUGUCGUUCCGCAAGUAUGGCCGCUCGCUCCACGCCAGGAUCGAGCACUACCAGCACCGCUUCAGCUUCGACUCCCACGACCCGGCCGUGUUCGCCGCGCCCACGGUCACGAGGCUCAUAGAGCACUAUAAGGACCCGGCCUGCGUGAUGUUCUUCGAGCCGAUGCUGACCGCCCCCCUCCCCCGCACGUGCCCCUUCAGCCUGCAGCAGCUCGCCCGCGCCGUCAUCGUGUCGCACACCAGCUACGACGGCGUAGAAAAGCUGCCCCUCCCACCGCGCAUGCGCGCCUACCUCAAGGAGUACCACUACAGACAACGCGUGCGCGUGCGCCGCCUCGAGCCUGAACUGUUCCCACACCUCUCCUAGCGCCACCCUUUCUACUGGUGAAUACUGAAUCUAUUCGACUAAUUAUCUAAAAGAAUACAUGAAAAAAUUCAACUACUAUAUGAGUUCAGUCGAAGUUCAACUAUUUACCUAGUGACCAAUUAGUAACAGUAUAGUACAUAAAACCUUACCUUCUUACCCAACACGUAACAAUUAUCGUCUGUCUUAAUCCGAGUCUCCGAAGGCAGACCCUAUCAGAACAAUAAUAGGCUACAUAACAAUUUUUACAGUACAUAUGGUGCUAUUUUACCGCACUAGUGCAAAUAUUAGCAAAUUACGUUACUGUGUCGAACAUUUAAAGGGCCAUAUCUACUGUACAACGUUGUACGAUACAUGUGCGAAUAGGUCAUUCGCAACUCGUGUCGAUUUAAAACACUCCCUUCGGUCGUGUUUUAAUUUAUCGGCACUCGCUUCGAAUUUCCUUUUUUUCGCACUUGUAUCGUAAUGUACUAUUUGCUGAAUCAACUUUUUUUGUUUUGUUAUCCUGUCCCGUUGUCCAAGGGACAACAGUGGCACAGUUUGUUUGAAGAGACGUUGCAUGCCGUUCUAUUAACAUGCUUAGUAGGGGGCCCAUUAUGGACAUUGGUUAUAACGACCACAAAAACGCAAGUUUGAUACAUUUAAGUACCAUAAAAUCAGUAUUUCAAUGAACUUUUGUCCCCUGGACAACUAAUCGUAACCAUGGCAACGAGUGACGCUAAAAAGUUGAUUCCCCCAUUUAUCAAUGGUAUCAAUCGUUCAGGUUCAUUUUUAGAAUCAAAUGUCUAUAUGGGACCCAUUGCAUUAAAGCAAUACAAAAGUCAGAAAUGAUAGCCAAAGUCCGACAGUCGUACUUCACUCACGAAACGCUCCCAACAAAACGAUAAGCAAACGUGACGUCACGGUCACCGGCCAUCUUGAAGUAUGAAAAACAUUAAAGCUGCUAUUUUCUCGGUGAAAUAUUGCGUUUAUGUAUAUACUUUCUAUACAAUAUUUUUUGGAUAAAAUGUAAGCAAUCGAAUGGUAUUACUUUAUGGUAUUACUUUUUACCGUUACCGUAAAAAAAUAUAUUGAGAUUAUAAAAUAAAAAAAAUACAAGGCUCCGAAAUCUCAAAAAAAAUAAAAAAUUUUUCUCUUUCAAAAUUAGAAAAGAAAAUGGUACCAUUCGAUUCUUUACAUUUUAUUGAAAAAUAAAUUGUAUGACAACUAUACACAUAAACGCAAUAUUACAGGGUCAAAAUGGUAAUUUCCUUGAUCUUCCAUACAUUUAGGACAGACUUAUAUGAUGUGACGUCACAUCACCUUAUCAUUUUGUUAGAGGCGUUUCAAUCGUCGAGUGCGAGCGUCAGACUUUAACUCUCAUUUCUGAUCUUUGUGUUGCUUAAAUGCCAUGAGUCCCAUAUAGACAUUUGAUCCUCAGGAAAAUCAAGAUCUUUUGACAUUAUUUACAAAAAACAGUCAAGUAGCCAAUUAUCUAAAAAGGACAAGUGUUAAGAUUCAACUACCAGUUAUAUACAGUUCGACUAAUCGACCAACAACCAUAAAAAUACACGGAUAAAAUCUAGUAAACAUUCGACAUAUGUGGCCCAUUUCUCGAACUAUGGACCUAUUUCUCGAACUAUGGGCCCAUUUCUCGAACGGUAUUAGACUAAUAUUAUUGUCACACGAACUAUCAAGUCGUAUGGGUUACCAUGACAACACAAUAAUAAUAUACUGUGUUGCCAUGGUAACUUGACAGUUCGUAGACUAAUAAUAUUAGUCUAAUAGCGUUCGAGAAAUGGGCCCCAGUUCGUAGACUAAUAAUAUUAGUCUAAUAGCGUUCGAGAAAUGGGCCCCAGUUCGUAGACUAAUAUUAUUAGUCUAAUACCAUUAGAGAAACGAGCCCCUGGUAAGUAAAUUCAUAAACAAUAGUUUCUAUCUUGGUUUACAAGUUUCAAAAUAAAACAUGAAAUUUAAAUAAAUCUGUAAAAAAAAAUAUUAGCAUCAGAAGUAUGUGAAGCCUGACCAGCAAUAUAUGAUCACGCUCCAUAUUGCGGAAUAUAAUUGAAACUAAAAAUUUCAUACUAAACUGAACUGUCACUGUAUACAUGAAAAUAAAAGCGGCCUCUUGAUAAUGAUCAUAUUGAUCAUAUAUUUCUGGUCGCGCUUUAUACAAUUUAGAACCUUAUUGUUAAGCAAUGAGGUACUAUAAUGUACAAAUACUUAUACUUGCAUCAAUACUAACAAAAUAACGGAAUUACACAAUUCUAGUCUAAAAACGUCACAUUAAUUGUAAAAAAAAAACUGAAUACGUUUCAGGUGAAGCAAAAAUAUUCAACCACAGUAAACUAAUUUUUGAUUAAUACGCGGCUCCAUACAGAGCGAGCAUACGCGCGAGGAAACGGCCAGUGUAGACGUGCCUCGCGCGUAUGUUCGCUGUGUGGAUCCGCCUAUACUCUAUAUCUUUAGGUAUUUAUAUAAAUGUAAACAAUUUGUACAUUUUCGGGUAGUUAUAACAUUUAUUGGUUAACCAACCAAAUACAAAACCGCCUGGAUCUGUCACUGAACGACCUGACUUUAACCUACAUUAUUUGGUCAUGUAAUGUUUUCCAUCUACCCUCAACUGACUUAAGGAGCCAUUUGAGGGUAGAUUUUGUUUACUUUUAUUUAAAUACCUAAAGAUACAGAGUAUAAUUUUUCGCAUAAUUUCAACGAUAGUUCCAUAAUGGGACCGAAUACGAAAUGUAUGUGUGUCUGUACGAUACGAAUGACGAUAUCUCUUGAACUUUCGAGUAUCGAAUCGACAGUAAUAUAGAUAAAAAGUAUUUGAUAUUGUAAAUAUUGUUUAAUUAUUCUAUAAGGAAUAAUAUUAGGUUUAGAGAGACAUCGAAACAUCACACAUAAUAUAAUUAAGAUUAGAUUUUUUAUCUAUUGGUUUUUGCUAGCAAAUAUAUGAUCUAAUAAAUCUGUAAACAGGCCCCGAUGUGAAGGCCAGCUACGCUUAGAGUUCUACCAAGAUAAGUUGGCAGCGAUUUUCACAGCCCAGAAAGUGUAAGUGUUAUUUUAAACUAUGAAAUUAUGACGUUUACUUGACACUUGCACCGUCUGGGGCUAUCAAAAUCGCUGCCAACUUAUCCUGGUCUAUCUCUAGUUGUAACAUCGCGUAAUACUAUGAACGCAUUGGACUCCGAGGGUGUUACAUGCGCGUUGGUGCCUUUUUUUAUUGUAGUAUGAAUAAACUAGUGACAUUUCAACCUAAAGGUACCUUGUCGGUCGAUAAGGUUGAUUUCAAAUUGAAGCUAUAUGGAAAAUAGCGCCUUGACAACCGACAACAAGUACCCUUUUGCUUCAGAAUGGCACGAAAAAAAACAAUGGAGUGCCGGCAGAAGAGAAAACUUGAAUAUUAAUGUUGUGCAUUUUUUAUAUUUUGGAAUGGUUAGGGAAUAAUUUUGCAAUAUUUGCUUUAAUUAUGAGUAUGAAAGUACUAUCAUUUAUGUGGUAAAAUACAAUAUUAAUUUAUUGCGCUAUCGUACACAAACAUUACAAUUUAUAUUAUAUUAAAAAUGUUACACUUCAGAACUAUUACAAUUAUUUAACAUUAAAAAUGCACAACGUUAAUAUUCAAGUCGCGCCGGCGGUCUACUGGCUUCAAUGACAUUGUAACAGAUUUUCGAUCAGGUCACGUGUCCGUCUUACGAAUUUUCAAUUUAUCGAAUCUGUCGGUCACGUGACCUGUCGCGAGUUUAACGUUUUUUCCCCAUCACAAAAAGUGCACAGCGCCGCUAAAGAAGUUUUCACUUCAAAAAUUUGUCAUAAUUUCGGCGUCUCUCUGAACCUAAGUAUUUUAUCUUAAGAAACGAAAAUAAUGUACUAUAAGAUUAAUUUUAUAUACACACUUGUAUAGAACAAUGUAUCUACUUAACGGCUGGUGUUUAAUGUAUUUCCCAUCAAAGGGUAUAUUUUCGAAACCAGCUUUAUUCUUUAUAAUUAUCAUGGUUUGCGGCAUUUUUAGUUAUUUAUUAGUUAAUAAAAUGUGUCGUUUCAAGCUAAUGGUACCCCAUUGUCGCUUGCCAUAAGCUCUAACAGGUUAUACGUAUAUAAGCAAAUUUCGUUCUUAUAGUAAGCGACAAAGUGGUAACUUUUGCUUGAAAAUGUCACAUUAAUGUCGUUACUUGACUUGAACUAUAUGCUUAUUAUAAGUUAUAGGGUUAGUAGUUAAGGGGUAUAUUUUCUAUAUAAAAUUGGCUAUAGUUUAUUGUCAAGUAUGGACAUUUCUAUAUUAUUUUGGUCCCACCCUGGCUGUUAUAAUAACAAUUUUUAUAAUCUUCUGUUAUCUGACAUAUAUGAACACUAAUAUAAGCAGAUUCGAAGAAAAGUCUAUAUUGUCUAUUCUUCAUAACAGCACUUAUGCUUUAAAAUCGCUAAAACGAUACUGCGAUGGCUACCAACCUAAUAAAAUCAAAAUUAUAGUAUUUUCCAGUACAUAUGGUGCUGUAAAUAACUAUUAUAACCGCUAGAGUGUGACCAUAAAUUAUUUCUAGUAUUAUAAUCAGGGUUAAAACAACUGGCGCUUGUUUGACACAUUAACUGUCACUUUGUGUUAAGUGCGAGUGAGACAGAUGAUAGCUGUAGUCAGUUGUAAGUCCGUCAAAGCUAACUCUGCACUUGCAGUGACAAAGCGUAAACGUUCCGCUUAAGACGUCAUAUUAUAAUUGAAAUUAGAUAUUAAAAUAAAUAAAUAUUAUAGGAAAAUCUUACCCAAAUCAACCUAGCCCCACAGCAAAGAUACGUUUAGUAUUGUUUAAGACUCGAGUCCUUUGAGUCCUCUGCUUUAAGACUCGACUCAGUUUUUCAGACUCUCAUAAUUAAGAUGAAACUAGUUCUUUUCAACUUAUUAGAGACUCUAUUUUGUAGAGACUUGAGUAUUUUUCGGAGACCUUGUAUUUUUUACAAAUAACUUCGAAAUGUGUUGUCUUUAUGUGAAAUGCAUGGAUGUACAUAACAUAAAUCAUAAAAUAACGCCUAUUUACUUUACUGUUGUUUAGGUAAAACCUAUAAAAUUGUUGAGUCAUUAUCCGGAGACUCGAUUGAUUUUGAGUUGCGCUUAAAAGACUCAAUAAAGGACUCGAAUCGGGACUUAAAAUACUCAGAAGUUUUUUUAAGAUCUGAGUCUCGUAAAAACAAGUCGAGUUCUUCAAUUUAGACUCAAAACACUCGAACAACAAGAAUAAGACAAUCUCGUGCUUCAAAUUUGACAGGUAAACAAGAUGGAGCUGACGCCUCCAUACAUUUUGCGGUAGCUAUUGUCAAAAGUUGAAGUUGGGACAACGCGAGGAAGAUGAUGGUAUUAGAAAAUAGAAUUGAAAUUAAUUUAAAAAUCCAAAAAAAGUGACUGUUCCAUUCAAUAAUAACUCAAAUUUCGUUGGAGGUAAUUUGUACUAUAAUUAGGACCGCGGGAUGCUUGAGGUUAACGUGACACUUCCACACUGUCGCUUGCCGAGACGGUGCUGAGUUAGCUUGGACUGAUUAGCUCUAUUUUAGUUUUUUCCCAUAUUUAUUACUGACCUGUGAUGUUUAUUGUUUCUUACAUCACAUUAAAUAAUAGGUCUAAAUUGAUAUACAGGGUGGAAAUCAUUAAUGGGCUCUGGACCUUAAAACCAUUAAGUUAGCUCAUUUUCUUUAAAUAAACUUUUUUUUUUUAAAGAAAUAAAACUGCAUUCAAUUUUUUUUUACAAUUCGCUUGUCUAAAAAUAUUAUUGUGCACUACAUUUUAGAUUUUAUGCGGUAGCCAGUAACGGGGGCAAGUUGAUAUCGCCGGAGGCCUAGGGAGGGGGCAGAUGCCGCAGAGGGGCAUACAUUGUAUGUAAAAUUUGUGCGCGGGGGGGGGGGGGGGCACUUGCCCCCCGUCCUUGCCUGUUCCUGCCUACGCCCAUGAACAUCAAAAUUAACUAGCUAUUAUUAUUAGACUAGCAGAAUACAAUACUUAUCGAUUUUUUCUUUUAGUCAUUUUGAUUCCCGGGUGAGACGACCGAAUUUUAGUUUCGUUUCUUUUUAAAAAUAAAAGAAUGCGUCCUUUAAGUAAAAUGAGCUUACUUAAGGUAUGAAGGCACUUAAUAACAAAACUUCCGUGAGACAAAGACAUAUUAAAUAUACUACAACGGACGGAUUAUAAGUGAAGAGUGACCUGUUACGUGAGUAAAAGUGCCUUACAAAAUAUGUAAGGAACUUUUACUCCAGGCCCCAUUAAUGUUUCCAUACUGUAUAAUGUCUACUGGAAAAAAACUUAAGUUAUAAGGUAUAUGUUAAAAACCUUAAAAGUUAAAGAUUCACUCUUUAAGCCAACAAAAAAAAUUAUAAGUAAAAUCAAAUGUAACAAUUAAUUGCAUAGUACAUACAUUAUAUAUUCUCAAAAGCCUUUUAUAUGUUCCUCGAUUUGAUAUUUGCCUAAAAAAGUAUAUAACUGUAUAUUUACUAUGAAGUUUUGGUGCGUAUAAUUUUGCCUUUUCAUUUGGUCUCUGUAAAUUACAUAUUGUAUAGGUAUGUAUAGAUUAAUUGUAUAUGUAUAGGUUGUGUCCAUUUACUGUAGAAAAAAAUACAUGUUUAUUUAGUCACCCGUGAUAAUUUACUGGCUGAAUAUAUAGGUCAUAUUAAGCAACUUUUACUAUAGGAUCAACCCCGAAAAAAACAGAUCCCUUUGUUGGACAUAAUUAUUGAAAGUCAUAAUGUAAUGAUAGUCAGAUUAUCAUUAGUCAUAACUCUGAAACCGUUAACUUUUCAGAAAUUUCCUUAGGUUAUCAAUAUCAUAUAGAUAGGUUAGGUUUGUUUUAUGGCAAUCCUGAAAAGCUACGCGUUUCUGAGAAAAACCAAAUUAUGACUAACGAAAAUGCGGACAAACAAUACAUUAUGACUUAACGACCGGUUUGGCCUAGUGGGUAGUGACCCUGCCUACGAAGCUGAUGAUCCCGGGUUCAAAUCCUGGUAAGGGCAUUUGUUCGUGUGAUGAGCAUGGAUAUUUGUUCCUGAGUCAUGGGUGUUUUCUAUUUAUUUAAGUAUUUAUAAAUAUUUAUAUAUUAUAUAUAUCGUUGUCUAAGUACCCUCAACACAAGCCUAAUUGAGCUUACUGUGGGACUUGUCAAUUUGUAUAAAAUGUCCUAUCUAUAAAUAUUUAUUUAUUUAUUAUGGGAAACAAUAGAGAACCACAAAAAAAAUGGUCGUUUCAUACUUUUUGACUGCUUGACCUUGACAUUUUGUAUGGAGGAGUAAUUUUUUUUUCGCGAUUUCGGGGUUGGUCUGAUAGCAAAAGUUGCUCAGUAUGACCUAUAUAUUCAGCCCGUAAAUUAUUGCAGGUAACUAAAUAAACAACCUGUAUAAGUAGUUUAAAAUAUUGAAGCUAAUUUGACGGCUGAGUUAGAUGUCUAGUACACUACGCGGUAACUAGGUUGUUAACAAGGCUCGGAAACGGUUUUUUCUUCAUACAGAAAAUACCUGUAUUAUUACGUUCUUUGGUUUAUUAUUUCGUUUUUAAUGGGACUAUCUAAUAAUACGAAAUUGUUACCUAAAUACAUGAUUCAGUGCUACGUGAAGAGCAUAUAAUAAUUAAAAAUAUUGAGUUAUUUCGGGAUUAAAAAAAACUGGUUCCGAGUUUUGGUUGUCAAGCGCUCACGUUUGACAAUCCAAAUAGGGACCGUGCGCGUUGGAGGGUCUGCCAUCUUGCGGCCUGAAUCGGAACAAUAAACAAGUACAUUUACACGUCACGUGUUUUCUUGUGCAUAGUAGGUUCUGCCAUCUUGUGGGCUACAUCGGAACAAAAAACAUCACAUUUACGCCUCGCGCCAAAAAUCUGACGGCUCCUGUGCUGCCUCCUACAGUUCAUGCACGCUCCCUAUACCACAACUGCAUACAUCUACUUUAGCUGUCAAAAUGGCUUUAAUAUUUUGCAGUACUUUGUGUUCGUAUUAAUUUGUGUAUGUUCUAAGUGAGUGGACACAAAUAUAGUGCAUAAUAGCACUCCCACGCAAAGCGUACAAAUUAUUGAAAAAUAAAUACAUUUAUUUUAAAGGA